UUUUUAAACAAAAAUGAAUAAAACAUGAAAAUCUCUGUCGGCCAGUCGCGGUUUUCAUCACAUAAGUAAACGCGUCAAUCCGGUUAUGGAAAAUUCCUCGUGAUAUAUAUUAAUUACAUUAAAAUCUGCAUAAAAAUUAACAAAAAUGAGUUCAACAUCAGCAAACCGUAUCUCGAAAGUUAACUCGAAAGGUUCUUCGGUGUCAGAACGGGCGGAAAAUGUCGAUGAGGAUACUUCCACUACCGCGGAUUUUAUUUACGGUGGACCGUUCAUAAAGGUGGAUAAAGAAGCAAAGUUCCUGAACACUGUAACUCCUUUUAAUAUGCAACUUCAAGGCACGUUUAAAAAGAGCUUCGCGUACUACUCGUUAAAAGAACGUCUACCAAUUAUUUUAACUAAAGUCAUCGAUUACUUAUCACGGGAGAGUUCGAAGAUCAAGUCGUUACACAAAGCGUCGGACGAGGAUAUCCGUGGUUUAAUUCAGUACAUAACUAAACUGAAAAACGAUUUGGUAACAAACAAAAAGUAUGACCAAUUAACAGUAGAUACCCCUGAAGCUAAGCGAUGGAACCAAUGGAUUUACAAUGCUGAAAGUCCAUACUAUUUUACAAAUAUAUGGGUAUUCUCAGAGUGCUACGUGUAUAGAAGGCUUAGGGAAGGCUGCGAGUUGAGCAAAGGCCUCAGUGACUUUGAUCCGUUCGAUGAACAAAAAGACAAAUCAUUCACAAACAGUCUAGAGCCGAUGUGCUUAGUCGCCGAUAAAUUGGUCAAUAUGUUACCUGCAAGCGAUAAGGACAAGAGGAAACAAGACUUCAUUACCUUGCUUAAGUUGUGCCUAUGGUCGAAUAAAUGUGACCUGUCGCUGUCUAUGGGCGAAGAAGUGACGUUAAAUUCCGAAGGAGGCGGAGCUUCACAGACGCGCUUUAUCAUGGACCCUUUGGAGAUGAUUGUAAACCUUAAGGAUAAGGUGCUCGUGGAUGACUCGUCGAAAAUCUGUGACGCAGUUUGUACUAGAGCGGAAAACUUGAGCAAAACCAUCGAAGCGUCUCCAGAAGUGCAAGAAAACCGUACGGAAGAUCAGGAAACCGAUCCACCGCAGAUACCGUGCCCUGCUAAAAUGACGUCACCACAAACUGUCACAUUUGAUAUCAUAUGCGACAACUCCGGCUACGAAUUGUUCACGGACCUUUGCCUGGCACACUUCCUCGUAUCCCAGGGCAUUGUCAAAAAGGUGAGAUUUCACGUGAAGAGGAUACCGUGGUUCGUAUCAGAUGUGACGCCGAGGGAUUUUAGAUAUGUUAUAAGCUCGUGCGCAAACGCCAAGUUCAAUAGAGAGAUACCCCCGGAGCCUAAACCAGCGGCGGCCGAGGGCGAAGCGUCAGCCGAUGACGAGCCCCCUAGAGUAAUAAAUGCCGAGAAUUUGAGACAACUGGGAGUAGCGUGGGAGAAAUUCGUUGAAGAUGGCGUAUUCGUUGUCAUGUGCGACGAUUUCUGGACUUCCCCGCACGUGUACAGGGACAUGAGGAAGUACGACCCCAGCUUGUACAGGAAACUGCAGUUUGCUGUCGCCCUGCUGUUCAAGGGCGAUCUCAACUAUAGGAAGCUUCUCUGCGAGAAGAACUGCGUGCCCACUGUUGGGUUCGAGACGGCAUUGCAGGGUUUCAUGCCAGCGCCGAUUGUAGCUCUGCGUACGGUGAAAGCGGAUCUAAUAUGCGGCCUGCCUCCUGGCAUGUGGGAGAAGUUUAACCAGAUCGACGAGAAAUGGAUGGAGACAGGGAAUUAUGGGGUGAUCCAGUUCUGCGACAAGGUGGUACCGUUACCAGAAUCGUAUAGCCCCAGCGGAGAAUGGGAAGAUACUUGCUUAUAAUGAACAAGAUUAGAAGAUUCGGUGUGGGCAAAAUUAUAGGAAACAAUUUAAUAAUUCCAUGAAUUUUAUAGUUAUAAAAACCUAACAAGCUUUACCUGGCUGCGCUUUGCUAAGGUCCAUUCUGAUAUUCAUUCCCGUUCACGUGGGAACUUUUAAGAUAAAAAGUAUCAGAGAACUCUAUUAUUUAACAAUGCAUCUUUGUGUAAACAUUUCCAAUCGUUCCAUCGAUCACUUUUCAAGUUUUGCGAACACUAACAUAAAGAAAUUAAAUUUUUAUCCAUAUACAUAUAUUAUACUAGAACAAUUAUUAUUAUACUGUAAGAACAAUUUCCUUUAAUAUCAUAAGUGGGUUGUAAAGCACAAUUUAAAAUAUCACUUUAUAUUUGUACUUGUUGAAAUAAAAAU